UAUGCCUGGAUUAAAAAGACCAAAGUUCAGUAUAGAUAUCUGAUUGAUAGUCGAUUUGGUUUGACCCGGGAAUAAAACCAGUGAUAGCUAAUACAUUGGUAGACGUGUGCGCUUAUGAAUGUUUCUAUCGACCUGUUAAAUGGACAUUUCUGUUUUUUUUUUUAUAGUUCUUACCGCGGUUAAAGGCGUCUGUAAUAUUUCUAUGUAAGCGGUAUCAAACAGUUCCCUGUGUUAUGCUACGGAAUCAGCUGUAGAAGUAAUUGAAGUAACUGUAAAGGAGUCUACUUUUUCUAAAUCAAGCAAUGAUUUGAUUCCCAAGACGAUAUAAGCAAAUAUUCUUUUCUUCAUGGAUUAAUUUCUUUGGUUGAAACCAUACAUUUUUAUUCAGCAAGUUGUGGCAUUCAUUUCUGGUAGCCACACCAAAACUAUUCAAGUAUUUUUGGAUUGAUCAGUAUGGGUAAAGGGGCCCAAGGCGAGUCCAAUGGACUGAUUGUGAAAUCAAAAUUGGAAGAAUUCACGUGGGAUGUUAUCAAGGAAAAGAAUACUAGAGAGGAGAAGUGGAUAGUCAUAGAGGGAGAGGUAUACAAUAUUACAAACUGGGCUCGUCGUCACCCAGGAGGCCCAAAAGUCAUAAGCCACUAUGCUGGACAAGAUGCCACAGAUGCAUUUAAAGCUUUUCAUAAUGAUCUCAACUUUGUGAAGAAAUACAUGAAGGCCAUCCAUAUAGGUACUUUAAAGGAUUCCCAGCAUGUAGUUAGUCCUAUUGAGCAGGACUUUAGGGAACUCAGAGAAACAGCUGAAAAAAUGGGUUUGUUUAAACCAAGCAUACUGUUCUUCUGUCUUCACAUGUUUCACAUCUUAUUCCUUGACUGGGCAGCUUGGGCCACCAUGUACUAUUUUGGUACUGGCUGGAUUCCAUAUUUAGCUUCAUUACUAAUGAUAACAACUGUAGAGGCUCAGACUGGCUGGAUCCAACAUGACUUUGGCCACCUGUCCGUGUUCAAAAACUCUAAAUGGAAUCAUAUUUUACACUAUUUUUCUGUCGGGAUCAUUAAGGGAGCAUCUCCAUCUUGGUGGAAUCAUAUGCAUUACCAGCACCACGCUAAACCUAAUGUGAUGGACAAAGACCCUGACGUACGUGUUGAAGCUCUCUUUGUUGUGGGGGACAAGAUGCCUGUGCAGAUAGCCAAGAAGUACAAGAAGAGCAUGCCCUAUAACUGGCAGAACUAUUACUUCUUUUUAAUUGGACCACCACUCUUGUUUCCAGUCUACUUCCAGAUUAUGUUGUUCAGAUAUAUAUUUACAAGAAAGGCUUGGAUGGAUUUGUUUGUAGUGACUGUUUUCUUUACCAAGCUGUUUUACCUAUACACACCAAUACUAGGGUUCUGGAGUACAGUAGCUUUCUACUUUACAUUCAGAUGUCUAGAGAGCCAUUGGUUUACAUGGGUUGCCCAGUCUAAUCAUGUCCCGAUGGAGAUUGACCACGACAAAGCCAUGCCCUGGCUGCCUCUACAGAUGCAAGCAACCUGUAAUGUAGAGCAGAGUUUUUUCAAUGACUGGUUCACGGGACAUCUGAACUUUCAAGUUGAACAUCACUUAUUUCCCACCAUGCCAAGACACAAUUUGUACAAGAUAGCACCACUAGUGAAGUCUGUAUGUGAGAAACAUGGCAUCAGUUACCAGGUGAAACCAUUGAGUACAGCCUUUGCAGACAUUGUCAGGUCAUUAAAACACUCUGGGGAGCUGUGGUAUUCUACUUACCAAGCUUAUCAUGCUUCCACCUCCUGAUUACAUCCAGCUGUGUACAAGAACAACAUUAUGUAACUGUUGCUAGUUCAUGAACACAGCCAAUUUGUUCAGUAGCCCAUCCAUGAACAGAAGCUGUUUUUUUUUUUUUUUUUUUUUUUAUAAAUAUAUUUUCAUUUAGUCAUUUUGAAAAUGCAAGAUGGUAGUAAGCUUGUUAGAAGAUUGUUCAUUAAUUAUUUUUUUAAAUUAAAAAGCUUUGACUGAAGUGAAAUUUAAACAAAUGUAAGGUACUUAAUUAAAAAAUUUCUUAAAUUUGUAAGAAGUUUAUUCCUAGAAUGACCAUAUUUUACAAUGAAACGAAUGAAGGUGCAAUUCACUAUUUGUACUUCUGUUGUACUCUUGACAUUGCUGAUGUUACUAGAUGCUUAAAAGACAGCAAUGAUUAAUUUCAGAUUGGAACACAAAUAUUGUAAUUUUUUUUUAAAGACAUGUUUGUGCUUGUCUGUUUGAUUUCACUGUCAUCUCCCUUCUGUUUGAUUCAACUGGUUAUGUCCUUUUUAAGGUUCACAGUUUUUGUGCUUGUCUGUUUGAUUUCACUGUCAUCUACCUUUUGUUUGAUUUCAACUGGUUAUGUCCUUUUAAACGUUCACAGUUUUUGCGCUUGACUUUGGUUUCUGCUACUUAUGUUAAAAUUGUUUCUAUUUGUUGAUAAUUGAAUGAAACAGAAUUAAUGCUAGGAUUCUUGGCUUAUGAGAGUUUCUGUCUUUGUCUUGUACCUUUUUUUUAAAAAAAAUGUAACCUCUCAAAUUUAUCAGCGAGUUUUCAAAUAACUUUUUUUUUAAAUGUUUAAAUGUGUAUUUGUAAAAAGGAAGCUAUAUUGAGGGUAGCUUGAAUUCAAAUGUUCUGUUACAAUUUCAUGCACUCCUGAGGUGGUGUAUGAAGGGUAGGCUUAACUUUGUCAACAUUUUACAAUAAUUGCAGUAACUGCUGAGCUUUUUUUUUGUUGUUGUGAUAUCUCACAGAAAAGAGCCAAGAGGUUUGUUUUUAGAGUUAUUCUUGUCACUCAAAGAAGAAACCUCUUGCCAUAAAGAAAUAGAAAACUUCUUAUUCAAGAAAUCAACAACAAAAUAAGGAAAUAUGUACAGGGCUAGGGUAAUCUGAUUCAGUGUUACUAUUUAUUUGAACUGCCAGGUGUACUAAAUGUAUGGGUAACUGAGGGUAGACUGUCUUUUUCAAGAUGUCAAUUUUACAAAGUCUGUAAUCAUUUUUUUAAAAAAAAUAAAAUGGUAAUCAUUAGCUGUUGUUCUUUUUCUUUUUAUCUUUUUUUUUUUUUUUUACAUAUUCAAACCUUGAAUAAAAAACAAACUUUAAGGAGCUCUGGCAUGCUGGAUAUGUAGCAAACUCUAUAACUGACUUAUUUGAUAGGUCAGGAAUUAAAUACAUCUGAAUUGUUAAUAUAUAUAUUGUUACAAGUUUCUUCAUUGGGUUCACUGGUUUGUUUAAUACAAAGUUAAUUAUAUAAUGGAUGUUUAGGUUCUCAGUAUUUGCACAUAGCUGUAUGCCUAAUUUUGAAGUCAUUAUUUUACUGGAGUUUUUAAUUACCUAUGUACAAAUGUCAACAUGAAAUUUUCUCUAUUUUGGCAUGAGGUAAAAUGGAAAAAUCAGAAUUUUCUUUUUUAAAAUAUAUAAUAAUUAUAUUUUUUAGAAAAUCUGAAUUAAAAUAAUUGAUAAUACAAUCAAAAUUUCUAACAUGAUUGGACCUACUACCAAGAAUAAUGUACAUAAUGAGUCAAGGCUAUUUGAUGUAGGGUAUUAUACAGUUAGCAGUCUAGUGAGACUGCUUAGUUGUUGAUGUAGAGCAAUUGGUCAUUCAUCUUCAUCCUUCAACUAGUUUCCUAUAACCUUGUGUAUGUUAAUCAAGCUCUCUAUUUUAUUUCAUUCUCAGUGAGUCAUGUAUGUGUUUCUAAUUCAUCUUAAGCUCUUCUAUAAUAAAUCUCAAAGAUUUAGAGCACUAACAUCAAAAGGUGGUUAGAGAAGUAUACUGUAAGAUUAUUUCAAUCUACCUAAUUUCAGUCUACUGGGUGAUUGUGCACCAUGGUAUUCUGUGGUCAAUAACAAUUAAGCUGUGCUUAGAUUUUGUGUGUGUAUUGUACACACAUAUUUAUUACCAACUAAGUCUGUGUUGUACUGUGUAAUGUUGGACCUCUUGAUCUGCCAGUCACAUAGACUUCAUCAUUCUAUUUUUAGUCGUCACUGUGUACUGGAGGUUAUUUGUGUUGUGUUCAGUACUUGUAAUGUAUACUCUCAACAUUGAAUAUCAAUUAGACAGAAAAAGCCUUUUUUGUUUCUUUACAUUAUCAAAUAUCUCUCCUGAUUAAUUUUUUUUUUUCUAAAGCAACAAAGACAGGAAAUGUCCUUAAAUUUAUUAGCUAAACAAAUAUUACAAACUCUCCCCCCCCCCCCCCUCUGUGAUUAUAACAACAUUGUGAUGAUGCUCAAAACAGUUUCACAUUAAAACUUGUGUAGAUCAAGUUCUAAAGUCAUGAUCUUAUUAAACAAAAAUAUCAGCUAUAAAUAAAUGUAAAUGCUAUAAAUGUAACAGUAACUACUGAUCUAUAGGAUCUCAGAUUGUAAUUGUAUUCUUUUGCAUACCUCUGCCCUUCAAAAAAAAAAAACUCAGAGAAAGUAUUAAGAAAUAGUAAUAAACAAGUGCAGCACUAUUUUGUUUUAAUUUUACAGUUAACUACUAAGUAGUGGCAGAAGUCCAUGUUUGUUCUGAAAGCCUAUUGAAUUCUAUCAUUGGUUUUCAGGUCAACUACAUUGUAUACAUACAUUAAUCACAAUUUUGUAUAACCAAGGUAUUUGUCCAGUCUGUUAAAAAAGAAACUAUUUUUGUUUUAAGUGUUUGUACAAAAUUUAUGGAACUCUUGUUUUCUUGCUUCUUCUGUGAAAUAGAUAUUCUGUGCUUUAAGUAUUCAAUAUUUAAUUUAGACACUUAUUCUCAAAUAAAGAGUACCAUAUUUGUUACUGUUUGUAUCAGAUGAUAUACUCUUUAGAAACAAUUCUUUAGAUAUUUUGCAAUGAAAUAAAGUACAUGAAAUACAAUAUUAUCAAUAAAUGAUCUGGUUCACAUA